AUGGAGUUAGACGAAGAGAAGGGCGUAGAGGAGGCACGUAGUGAACCCAACCUGUCGAAAGCCCCGUCAGAUCCCCGCACGGUUCAAAGGGUUGAUACAGACUAUCUACGCCCUCUCAAGGAGGCAAUGAUUAGCCUCAAGCUUGAACUUAUUACGACCGAGGCAAGGGCUGUACGAGCCGAGCAAAGGGUAGAGGUAAUCACCCAAGAGGCGGAUGAACUUGAUGAGAUUGUGGUACGUGAACUUGACGAUUGA